CCAUUUUGAACCAUCAUGGCGGCACACAUUUGUUCUACCUUUCCAGCAUCUAUAAGAUGCUUGUUGGCGUUUGUCCCUUUAAGUUAUGUUCCUGCUUUACGAAACACAUGUCAGGUAAAAGGCUGCUUUAGCUGGCGGAAGCGCUUUUCCACGGCGACUUCUUGCACAAGUGUGGCCCAAUACGACCGAUUGGUUCAGUGUGGAUCUUUGAAGGAAGAUGCUCUGCAGCGGCAUAUUCUCCAGCGCCUGGAGCACCUGCAGAAGUCUCUGCAAAACUACAAUAACAACCCCUACCUGAACCCACCUCCCAUCAGAAUACACCCUGAGUGUGAUAAGGUAAACCAGGAAGAAAACACUCCUCCACCCCCUCCAAAAGGCUUCUAUAUCUAUGGAGAUGUUGGUACAGGGAAGACAAUGCUCAUGGAUAUUUUUUUCUCGGGGGUCCCAAGCAGUCGUAAAAAGAGAGUCCACUUCAAUGGCUUCAUGUUGGACAUCCACAAAAGGAUCCACUGGCGGAAACAAAGCCUGCCGAAACGAAAGCUGGGCGACAUGUUCACCUAUGACCCCAUAUCGCCGGUCGCCAUGGAGAUUUCUCGUGAAACCUGCCUCUUGUGUUUUGACGAGUUUCAGGUGACCGAUAUCGCGGAUGCCGUUAUCCUAAAGCAGCUUUUUGAAGCGUUGUUUCGGACCGGAGUGGUGGUAGUGGCGACCUCCAACAGACCCCCUGAUGAUCUCUACAAAAACGGACUUCAGAGGGACACCUUUCUACCUUUCAUCGCCGCGCUGAAGGAGUACUGCCACACCGUCUGCCUGGACUCCGGGGUGGACUACAGGAUGCAGCACAAGACCACGGGAGGGAAGCUCUACUACCUGACAGGAGAGCCCGAUGCAAAUGCAGUCUUGGAUGCGAUGUUUGAAGAGCUGGCCUUUUCACAAAAGAGCCUUACAGGUCCUCAGGUGCUCACUGUUCUGGGAAGAGAAGUGACGCUGGAGAAGACCUGUGGCUCCAUUGCAGACUGCACUUUCCAUGAGCUGUGUGGUCGAUCCCUUGGUGCCAGCGAUUACCUGGAGAUGGCGCGGCUCUUUGAUACGGUGUUCAUUAGACACGUCCCUGUGCUGACGCUGGCCAUGAAGGACCAAGUGAGGCGCUUCACCACCCUCAUUGACAACUUCUACGAUAAAAAGGUGAGAGUGGUGCUGCAGGCUGCGGUGCCUUUAGAGCAGCUGUUUGUCCACACUGGAGGGGAUGAUGAGCGGGACCAGCAGCUUCUGGAUGACUUGGGCCUGAGUCAGGAGGCAGCGGGGCGUCUGGCACUUUUCACGGGCGAGGAGGAGACCUUUGCCUUCCACAGGACUAUUUCUCGCCUGACGGAGAUGCAAGCGAAGACGUACUGGAUGGAGGGAGAUCGCGGCAUGGGGAAGAGACGCCGCCAUACUUAGGUGCCGACCUAUAAGCAACAUGUUACCUCAAACCAGGCAUCCGUCACUGCAAGAGCCAAAAAAUGAAUAAAUAAACAAAAGAUGCUGUA